AAUUGUGUUAGUGCUAUAAGGGGUGUCAAAGUACUACAAUUGAGGGCUGUAAAAAAUUUUUUUUUUCAAAACAGAACUUGAAUAAAAAAUAUUAAAAUCAAUAAUGUCAGCGUUGAAGAAUUCAGUUCGAUUGAUGGCAUCAGUUCGCCAAUUCUCACGCACUGCAAUCCGAAAUGAAGAUUCCGUUCACCCUGGCUAUAAAAAAAUCAAACUUAUCCAGGAACAGUUCCAGAAACCCGAUGGAUUACCAGUACAUUUGAAAGGUGGCACUAUGGACAGAGUUUUGCUAGGAAUCACCACAGUUCUCUGCUUGGUUGGCAUUGGAAUGGGUGUUGAGCUUAUCUACGAUCUCGCAAAUCCUCCAAAAAAUAAUUAGAGAGAGCAAAUGCAAGCAGUGCUGUUAAAUUAGUCUCUUAAUUAUCUUUUCAACGCGAUUUUAAUUGAAUUCUGUUUAAAAUAUUCAAAAUACCUCUUGCAUCUAACUUUCAGCAUUUUACAGCAUUUACAGAUGAAUCAAAAACUUUAUUUUUCUUUUUAUGUCAACCGAACAGAAUCAAUUUCAAGAAUAAACAUUCGAAACGUGUUGAAAAGAUUUUCCACGAUAAAUUAAAAGAAAAAUGUUGUUAUUGAUUUAUUUAGUU